AAGCAAGAGAGCUAUAUGAAAAAAUGAUAGAGCUGCAAGAUGAAACACAAGCAGGGGAAAGUGAAAAAACAGAAGCUGAAAUAUGUGAGGAAGUUUUGGGUAAAGCUUCCGGAUUUAACCAAAAUUUUGCAUUUUCACAGACUGAGCAUCAUUCCACUGCAGCAAAAGUAGAGUUAAGGUGCAUUGUGCAACAACAAGAAAAUGAGAUUAAACAGUUGGAGGAGCAACUCAUCUUAUUUGAUCAACAAAAAGAGAAAAUAAAAAGCCUUGAACAACAACAAUUUGUCUUGUUGGAGAUGAUGAAGCAGCUAACUAUAGCCCUUGAACUACAGCAAUCUGGUAAAGCUCCAACUCGACAGCCAUUGCCAUCUCCAACUGAUGAAGACUCGUCCUCAUCAGCUACAGCUAUUUCAAAAAUCAAAACUAGUGACACUUGA